AGGAGGACCGACUUGGGUUUUUUCUGCUGGGGGGAAUUAUUGUCACCGCCGACUAGUCGAAUUUUCGCUCACGACAACCCUUUCAUCUCAUCAUGGCCAGCUACAACGGCCGCCGCGGCCCCAACGUGUCGCAGUACCUCCGGGACCUCAACGCCAUCAACCGCCAGGAGUCCGGCCAGGAGGAGCCUUUCAACAUGGAGGAGGAUCUCGCCCUGUUCACCAACACCCAGUUCUUCGACUUUGAGACUGGUCAAAACACCGACUACCAGGCCCAUGCCGCCAAGGUCGAGGGCGAGACUGCUCCUGCGAGCGCUUCUCCCACCGAGGACAUGACUCCCGCUCAAUCGGUUAUGGGAGAUCUCUCCAGCCUCGAUUUCAUUCAGGGCGACUUCAACUUCCCCGACUUUGCCAACGCCUAUCCUUCUACCCCCUUGAAUGCCUUCCCGGACAGCGCCCAGAACUUCCAGUCCAUGCAGGCCAACCCGUCGUCUGCCUAUCCCCAGGUGCCCCAAACCCAGCAUCACCAGGCUCACUAUGCCCCGUCUACCGCUCCUCAACCUGCCGAGAAGCGCAAGUCCGAGAGUGGCGCCAGUGUCAGCUCCGGCUCCGGCUCCGGAGCGUUGAACUUUGAGGAUGCCUCCCGCCAUGCCGCCGAGGAGGACAAGCGGAGGCGCAACACCGCCGCUUCCGCCCGCUUCCGCAUUAAGAAGAAGCAGCGAGAGCAGGCCCUGGAGAAGUCCGCCAAGGAGAUGACCGACAAGGUCUCCGCUCUCGAGAGCAAGGUCCAGCAACUUGAGAUGGAGAACAAGUGGCUUAAGAACCUCCUCGUGGAAAAGAACGAAGGAAACGAUGAGAUCGUUACCAUGUGGAAGGAGUUCGCUGCGUCCAAGCAGACUGUCGAAAAGGCCAAGGCCAAGGCCAAGGCCGCCUCGGAACCGGAGCCGCUGAAGGAGGAUCUAUGAUGCCCUUUGACGGUUGGCCCGCGAAAUAUAUGGACGACAAUGUGUUGUGACGGGGGAGGGGGGUUGGCGUUCUUCUGUAUGGGUUGUGGUCGGGGGGGGGGCCGGGGCGUUUGAUUGAAUUCCAAGACCUGGAUAACCCCAGGCGGAUGUGCUCCGGGUUGGCCUUGAAGGCUGCCCAUAUCAUGCAUAGAUGAGGAAGGCGAUGGGAAUCAUCUGGUGUGGCGGAUGGGGAUAAAUGCAUUACGAGAGCGACCGAUAG